AUGGCCGCCUCGGAAUCCAAACACCAAGUGAUCAUCGUCGGCGGCGGCAUCACGGGGCUCACGCUCGCGCUGAUGCUCCAGCGCCUCCGGAUCGACUACGUCCUCCUCGAAGCCUACCAGAGCGUGACGCCCAACGUCGGCGCCAGCAUCGGCCUCUACGCCAACGGCCUCCGCAUCCUCGACCAGCUGGGCGUCUACCGGGACGUGUGCGCCAUCUCCCAGUCCGCCAAGGCCCACAUCGUCCGCGACGGCGAGACCGGGCGGCGGCUGUCGCGGAUGCCGUGCGGGCCGAUCCUGGAGGCGAGGCACGGCUACGCGCCCAAGUUCAUGGAGCGCUGCGAGCUGCUGCGCGUGCUGUACGGCCAUGUCGCCGAGAAAGAGAGGAUCCUCGUCGACAAGAGGGUCCGGAGGAUCGAGACUUACGAGGAUAGGGUCCUGGUGCACACGGACGACGGGGCGACGUUCGAGGGCCAAAUCGUCGUCGGGGCGGACGGGGUCCACAGCACCGUGAGGAAGGAGAUGUGGAGGAACGCCGACGAGAAAGACCCCGGGGCCAUCCCGAAAGAGGACAGGCAGAACAUCAAAUGCGAAUACGCGUGCGUCUUCGGCCUCGCCAAGCCCACGCCCGGCAUCGCACCUGGCGACGUCAUCGCCGUCUCGCGCGCGCACUCGACCGCCGGCUGCAUGGGCGGCAAAGACCGCGAAGUCUUCCUCUUCUGGUUCUGGAAGCUGCCGCAAGCGCAGCACUCGUGCGGCAUCGACGCCAUCCCGCGCUUCACCGACGCGGAGGGGCGGGCGGAGCUCGAGCGCGGGGGGGACGCGGUCGUGGCGGAGGGCGGGGUGCGGCUGCGCGACGUGGCGGCGAGGCUCGAGCGCAGCGCGGUGACGGCGCUGCCGCACUACGUGCUGCGGCGGUGGCACUACGGGCGCGUCGUCGUCGUCGGCGACGCCAGCCACAAGUUCAACCCGCUCGUCGGCCAGGGCGGCAACAGCUGCAUCGAGUCGUGCGCCGGGCUCGUCAACGCGCUGGCUGCUGCUUUGGAGGAGGCGUCUUCUGGCGUGGCCGCGCCGGCCUGGCCGCUCGAUGUGGUGCGCGGCGUGUUUGCGGCGGUCGAGGCGGAGAGGGUGCCUAGGCUUGUGGAUAUGGUUGAGCGCUGCCAGCAGGCUCAGUACGUGGCUGCUUGGGAUACCUGGGGUAUCAAACUCCUUUCCAAGUACAUUGUCCCGCUCCAGUCGGAUUCGAAGGCCACGGAUUUCUACAGCUCCUUCAUCACGGGUGGGUUGACUCUGAAAACGCUGGAUUUGCCUCGGGUGGAGCACGAGUGGGCAUACGAUGAUGAGAAAGAGAGCGGCGGCAGUGCAACGGCAAACAACAAAUUGGUACUGGCUGGAGCAUCGUUUGCUCUUUUCGCUGGUAUCCUCGCGGUACGGGCGGUGCGGAAUGGCAGGAUAGGUGCUUGA